AUGAAUGCAGAGGAAGGGGACAUGACUGGAGAGCCUGAAGACGACAAAGAUGAGAUCGAUCGUCAUGACGACGGAAGUAAAUCUCAGUCACCAUUUGGCGGCCAUCGUCAUGGAAGAUCUGUGGAGAACCAACCAGAGCAUCCUGUGUGGAUGCAACAUUUUAAGGAGAAGUUUCACAAUAUGACUGGAAAGUUUGAUAAAUACAAGAAUAUAUUGUCUAAAGCAGCUAAGUCAUUCCUGCCUCAAUUUGAUAUUAAUGACAAGCCCCUGACAGAACUUAAGCAUUUGUUAGCUGGUUCACCAUUGAUACAGCAGUUAGAUGACAUUGUUAAAGAAGUAGCACAGAAACUAAGAACAGAACCAUUGAUGUAUCCUGAUGGGAUGCCAUUACAUCAAAUCAGACGUAAACUAAAGAAAGCUCAUACUACAGUGACAGGAGAUAGACUUUCUAUGAUUGACAAGUUACUGGAAAUGGCUGUGCAUGAAUGUGGAAGUUUUGAAAAGGCCAUAAUAGCAGGGUAUGGCCAUUACUGUGAAGCCCAUGAAGAUUGCCAUGGUAUUACGUGUGGAAUGGUCUUCAGGGAUGGAUUUGAAAGGGCUUUGGUCAAGGUGGACGUUAGACUCGACAGCUGUUCUAAUCAGAUUCAUGUCACCAUAAAGGAUCAAAUGACAAACUUUACACUAACUUCACAGAAACAGAUCAUGGUAGUUGAUUUAUCUAAGACAGAGGACAGAGAGUUAGUGUUUGAUAUUAGAAUUGACUCGUCAAAUGACACAGUAAAUGUUACAUUAUCUGGAGCAGUGUGUUCAACAACUCAUUACUCAUGCUUUGAAGAUGUAGAACUUCUGAGAGAUUUACCUAUUGAUACUAAUAAUACUGUGUGUUACAACAAACAAGCACGAGAUCCAUUUGAAGACAGAGUUUAUUCCUUGACCUUACCUGACCUUCUUGAAGAAGUAUCUGAGUUUGGUUUGGAUAUGACAAAGUGUCUAAUUCUUAUUAAUGAGAUUAGAAAUGCCACUUUGUAUGCAUUGAUGGAAUUGAGAGAGAAAGGUGACCAUGGGGAAGGUGAAUUUCCAGAGAAAGAAGAUUUUUGUUUUGAGGGAAGUUUCCCAUUGGCUGACUUAGAUAUGCAGAUUAUUAACCCUGGACCUGUGCCAACAUAUCCUAGUCCUCCUCCUGGUAUCACAUUCUUAUUCUUUGUAGGACCAAUACCAUUACAUUUAGCCUUUGGAGCGACAGCUAGAAUGGGAAUUGAUUUAAAACUAGAGAUGUGUAUUAUGAGUAUGAAAGCUAAAGCUGUUGUAACACCUCAUAUAGGUGCUGGUGUGUGGGGAGAACUUGCUGUAGAUAUUGGAUUUGCCUAUGGUGGAAUCAGACUGGAGGGGCACCUGUUAGAAACUAGAUUUCCAAUCACUGCAGAGUUUAAAUUUAACAAAUUCCCAAUAAAAAUAGGGUUCCGUCUUGAUCUAGAAAUUGUACCACUUGAGCUGAAACUUAAAGCAUUUGCUAAGUUACGACUAAUAUUUUUUUCUGUAACUGUAUUUGAUGCUUGUAUUUGGAAGUUCAAGCUGCCAACUUAUAGAAAAAACCUCUUCGACAAACCAUUUGAGAAAAGAGAUCCAAACAAACCAAGGAUAUCAGCUGCAGCAACCAAUCCUCGUCAGAGAAGGUCAAGUCCUGGUGGAUGUGAGGUCAAACAGCUGGAAGGUCGUGACGUAACAGACACAGCCUUUCUUUUAGAAGUGUCUGCUAAGUCUGAUGUCAGUGACAUUACAUUAUCUUAUGUUAUAGGAACACACAGAUCUGGUACAAAUGUCCAAGACUGGACAGGGAUGACUGGAAACUCUCUGACUGCCCCAGUCCAACUACAUAAGGAACAUUACGGAAUACCUCUAUACUGGACUGUCAAAGCUAAGAAUAGCCAAGGUGAUUCCAGUAUAACUGAGUGUAAUCUUAAAACAUUUGAUAACACUGUACCUGAUGGUAGAAUAGAUGAAUCAUAUCCCUAUACAAGUCAUACCAAGAAGAUCAGUGGUAAUGUUGUUGUUUUUGAUGAUUCUGAGUUAGUGAACACUCAUUCAGAGGCAGUUGGAUUUACUAAAAGUCAAGGUGGAUCAGGGUCAGAGGUCAUUCCAUGGCAAUCACUUGUUUUGAAAUCUACUACAGAACGUAAUGUAUCAAAGACUAAUUCCCCCCUCAAAUUCUUCACUAUUGGUAAAGAGGGGAAAUUAACUGCAGAGAAGAUUUCAAGUAGUAAAACUGAUCAUGUUGAGGAGUGUGCUCAGAAAUGUGUCAAUUUUGGCAGAAAAUGUGUUGCUUUUGACUAUGAACAUCAUUCAGAAACCUGUGACCUCCAUGCCACUGUGGAAGGGCCUAAUGCAGAGUUACGGAUCAGUGGAACAUACAAAAACUAUGAACGACUCGGAGUGGGUUAUAGCUCUUUUAUAGAACAUAAUUUAGAUUUACAACAUGGAAUGGUAUACAUCCUUAAUGCUGAGAUAACAAACAAACUUGGGUACAAAGGUUAUGUGUCAUCAGGUGGAACAAUGGUAGACCACACCCCUCCAGAGCCAGGAUCUGUGGGCAAGGCUACUUUUGAUCAGACAAAGUUUGAUGGAUGUAAGGCUGCAAUCACACAAAGAUGCAUUGACCUAACGUCUCUACCAAAUCAUAGAAAGAUAAUAGAUGGACCUGAAGGUUCCACAGUAUUCAAUGGACAUGAGGGUGGAGUAGAAACUCUAUACACACUGGCCAAUCAUUUUAUGUCAGCUAACUGGGAUGGCUUUAAUGACAAUGAGACGGGUAUCUUUGGAUAUACUUGGUCCGUUGGUACAACAGUUUGUGGAACAGAUAUUGCCACCUUCUCUGAUCCACAUGCUCACUUGUCUAGUCCUAAGUUCUGGACCAACACAGGAUAUGCCAGGAACCUACAUCUGCCUGAUGGUCCCUAUUAUGUCACAGUCCAAGCUAUUAACAAUGUGGUCCACGGUGGUGCCAUGAUAACAACAGUGUGUCACUCGACACCCAUCACGGUUGAUACUACACCACCCUUCUUUUCCAGAGGUGUGACAGAUGACGACAUUGUUUUUGACGAGGAUUUUAACUUGAUGGCUAUGUAUUUUGAUACAUUUGAUCCAGGAUCUAAGAUAAAGAACAUAGAUUUUGGUCUAGGACUAACAAAACAUGAUGUGGAUGUGAGAGGAUACUCCACAUUUGAUUACAAAGAGAACCAAACCUUUAUUGUAAUUGAUGAUUUAAACCUUGCCUCAGGAGAACCUGUCUGGAUUAGACUACGAUCAGUUAACAAUGUGGACCUGUUUACAACAGCUCACAGUGACAACCCUAUCUUGAUAGACAGAACCCAGCCAGUAGCUGGUCAUGUUUUAGAUGGAGACAUUAUGGAUGAAGACCUGAAGUAUCAGUCUGAUAGCAGUAAAGUUUGUGCUCAGUGGAAUGGGUUUUAUGAUCCUGAAUCAGGGUUAAUUGAAUACAGAUGGGGAGUAGGAACAACAGUUGGAAGAGAUGAUAUUGUACCGUUUAAAAAUAAAACAUUUUCCCGUGAUGUGAAGGAUUCCUGUGCUGACGUACAGUUACAACACAACAUGACAUAUUACUCCACUGUUAUAGCUAAAAAUAGUGCACUGAAUCCUAAAACUGUGAAGGGAUAUUCUAAUGGAGUACUUAUUGACACAACAGCACCUGUAAAAGGAUGGAUUGUGGAUGGAAAUAUUGGAAAGAAACAUGACAUGAACUUUUCUUCAGAGACAGCUGAGGUCUCCUCAAUGUGGGGUGGAUUUAGUGACCCAGAAAGUGGAAUUGUCUCCUACAACCUAGACGUUUAUAUAAACAAUAAACUCUCACAAACAUUUGACAAUGGUAUAAAGACAGAGUUUGUGGAUUACUCACUGAGUAUGAAACAUGGCGAUCAUAUUUAUGUCAAACUGACAGCUAAAAAUGGAGCUGAUAUUUCCAGCGUCAUGAGAUCAGAUGGUUUUACUAUUGACCAAACUCCACCCAUUGUUAAAUACCUGUAUGACACAGAAGAUGGAAAACAUUAUCAAAGUAAUGGCACACGCCUCAAUCUGAAGUGGGAGUUUGAAGAUCCUGAAUCUGGGAUGAAGGAAUAUCGCUAUUAUAUUGAAGACUUUCAUCAAGGUCAAGGACAAAAGUUUUAUCCAAAAGGACAAGAUUACAUCACACUUCCCAUAACUGAAAAAAAUAUUACGGCCACUGUAGUUCUCUCUAACUUAAAUCUCCUAAGUGGACACAAGUAUUCAGUGAAGGUUGUGGCCAUUAACCAUGCAGAUAUGCCAACCUCUCAGGAAUCGACAGGUGUUAUGAUAGAUACUACACCUCCUGUUCUGGAUAAGAUUCAUCUUGGACUUCAGACAGCUCCUCAGGAAAUUAGUGAUGAUAAACGCUUUAUUGAACAUGAUGAUCAGCAUAGCAUAACCUUGACCUGGAAGUCACAUGAUUUCCAAAGUAGCAUUAUUAAAAGUUAUGUAGCCAUUGGUUCCUAUUAUGGUGACACUUCUGUAACAAAAGGUUUCCUGGAAUUUGGAGCUGAACGUAAGGUUAUCCUGAAUGACCUAAAUCUUAAACCAGCUUCUGGAAAUGAUUCUGUAUAUUACUAUGUCCAGGUCAAAGUUGAAAAUGGUGCUGGAAUGUUCUCCGAAAUAAAGAACUUAUCAUUACCAAUUAAAGUUCUGAAGGAUAACAUCCCUGGUAAAGUUUUUGAUGGCAGGAAUGACCUUGAGGAUGUUGAUUUUACAAUUGACAGAACUUCGGUAGGAAUGUCAUUUGUUGGUUUUGAAAGUGAGCAAUGCAGCAUUGUAGGAUAUGAAUGGGCCAUUGGCAGUCAGCCAUUUUAUUAUGAUGUCCUUCCGUUCACUAGAUAUGGAAUAGUUCUAGUGAAUGAUACAUAUGGACGAGGUCAAAUCCACACAGAACUUUAUGAGGGAUCAACUUAUUAUGUAACAGUUAGGGCACAGACAGGGCAUCGGUGUAAAGAGGAAUAUAUCCUGUCAUGCUCCAAUGGUUUCUCAUUAGAUACUACUCCUCCUGACAUCAGAAUGAUCAGUUUUGGAGAGGAAAAGAUCAACCCAGAAACUAUCACAACAAGCUUGUAUCAAAAUAGAACAGAUUCACUUGAUUUCAGAUGGGAGUCUAAGGAUGCUUUCGGCAUUGUUAAGAACUGGUGGUCUAUUGGUUCUUUACCUGGGAAGCAUGACAUUCAUCAAGUUACCGUAACUAAGGACAAUUAUAUACCAGCAGGAUCAGUCUCAUUUAAACAUGGACAGACAUUCUUCCUGAAUACUGGUGCCAUAGAUAAAGCAGGGAACCAGAGAGUCGUAUCGUCUCCUUCCAUAACUGUUGAUACAACCAUACCAGAGAUCUUAGAUUUGAGAUGUACACAACAUAUAUCAGUUCUCAAGUCUCUUGUGGACUGUAAAUGGGAAAUGAUCAGGGAAUUUGAAAGUACCAUAAAGAAUUUCACUGUUGGAGUUGGAUCUGUAGAAACAAAGACAGACAUAUCUCUUUUCCACAAGCAGGACACAAAUAGACGUUCCUGGACAAGAGAUUUAUUAACCAGAAUUAAGAACAAUAACCUAACAGAAAUAUACAUCAUCUUCAAAUUAGAAAAUGUACUUGGAAUGGCUAAAACAUUACCAUAUAAGAUCAUAGUGGACAGAAGUAUACCCAUUGGUGGAAAAGUUGACAUUGUGACCAGUAUUGACUUGGAUGAACCAAUCAUGAAGCAGUAUUGUCAGAUCCCACUUAGCUUUAUUGAAUUUACAGUGAAUGGAUGGCAGGAUGAUGAAUCAGGCAUAGAGAGGUAUGAAGCAGCCAUUGGAGCAUAUGGAAGGACAACAAAUAUCCAAGAUUUCUCUUCAAUAAAUGGUAUAGACAAAGUUUUAAUCCCUUACUUAAAUAUGGAUGAUGGCAGUGAUGUUACAGUAACAGUUCGAGCAUUCAACAAAGCUGGAUUGUAUGGACAGAUGACCUCUGACCCUGUGAUUAUUAGCCUGGUACCUCAGCUAACUGUAAUUGAUGGAAACAGUCUUGAGGAUGAGGACUACCAGACGUCACUGAAUGUCAUUCAAGGUUAUUGGAAGUAUUCAGACAGAUGUAAGAUUAUAUCUGCGGAAUGGUCUGUCGAGGAUAUUGCUGGAAAUGUAUUACAGGAUUACCUCCCCUUGCCUGCAGCAGGAUCUCAUUUCUACUCUGAUGUCAUGAAUCUUACAAAUGGAAUAACUUACAUUAGUAUCAUUCGAACAGUCGAUGCACUUAAUAGGACAAGAAUUGCUAGGUCUGAUGGGAUAGCUGUAAAGAUAGAACCCCCUGUUCCAGGGACAGUCAGGGAUGGGGAGAGAGACGAUUUAACUUAUCAAGAAUCUAUACAUGAAUUACUUGUUAACUGGGAUCCCUUUGGAAAUGCCAAGUCUCAUGAUCCAACACAGAAAAUCAGAAAGUAUGAAGUAGCUAUAGGUACUGACAGAAGAUAUGCUAAAACCAGGAGCAAUGUACACUACUUUGUUGAUGUUGGACUGAACACCUCAUAUUCAUUCAAAAACAUGAACUUAACGGCCAAAACUGUAACAUAUUAUAUGACAGUAAGAGGCUACAGCAAUGCUGGCAGCUACCAGGAAGAAAGCUCUAAUGGGAUUAAAGUAGGCUACCAUGAUGAAAUAUUCCCUGGAUUGGUAGAGUAUAGUACAGUACAAUCAUACACUGAUAAACUAUACGUAUCCUGGAGUGGGUUCCAAGCUGAUAUGGGCAUUGAUCAAUUCAGAGUCGGUGUUUCUACAUUUAAACCAAUACAGUUGCCAAAUAUAACACUUAACUGUAAAGAGUAUGAUAAGUACAUUCCUGAAUUUGAUGUGGUUCCUCUCUAUGAUGUUGGAAUUGAUACCUUUACCGAAAUGAAGAAUUUGUCUUUAAUUCAUAGUCAUCAGUAUUAUGUUGCAGUAAUAGCCACAGACUCUACACACAGAUGUAUGGGAUCUUUUGGUCCAUCCCUAAUGAUAGAUGCCACACCCCCUUCAGCUGGAGAAUUAUAUCUGCCUGGUGGAGUUGGUCCAAAUGCUGCAUAUGUUUUUGAUCCAAAGAGACUGGGAAUAUCCUGGACUGAAUUUAAGGACCCAGAAAGUUCUGUACACAAGUAUGAAGUCAAACUGUAUUCUGGAACCACAUGUUAUGAUGAAGGAAAACUCCUAGAAGAUGGCAUUGGUAGUAGUUAUUCUGUUAUAAGAUCAACUGAUGUAACCAGUGACCUUCAAACUGAAUUCUACGAUUUAAAACUUAAUAGAGCAUUUACCUAUGUAAUAACUAUAAGAGCUAUCAAUGGAGCUGGAUUGACGACAACAGUCAGGUCCCCUCCAGUACGGUUAGAUACAACACCACCUGUUCCUGGGGCUGUCAAAAUGGGAACUGACUGGAAAUCUGACAUAACCUUCCAGUCUUCUACAGACAAGAUGGAGGGAAUGAUUGGGAUAGCUCAUACAGAGAAGGCAUCAAAAUGUCCGAGACAAGUUCAAGUCUUCCCAGAAUUCCAGUCAUCAGUGCAGAUAGAACCAAUAGGAUUAGACUUUCAUUCAGAAUGUAUAGUUCGUAAAGAUGACACAUUAUCCUUGUUCAUUCGCCACGAUGACCAGUUACAGCAUAUAAUAAAGGGUGGUGUAAAAUUAUCUUCUCAUAAGAUCCUAGAGGGUAACUAUAGUACCAUACUGAAAGCUGCAUCUGGGAACCAGAUGGUUACUAGUUGGUUCCUGGCUUCCAAUUUUGAUUCUGUGUUCUCUGACUUUGUUUUCAGUCUCCCAGAUAAUGAUAGCAAUGUGGAAAUGGAAGGUAUUGGAAACUCCUUAGCUGUCCCUAUACUGACCAGUACAACUAGAAGCAAGAUGUUUACUGCAGAGACUACUUACUCCACAGAUUUGAAGGCUGAUGAUGAGAUCAGCGACAAUACAACUGAUGAUGGAUUAGAUAAUACAACUGCAGCCUAUAAAACUGUAACAGGUUUCAUUACUUCAACAUUGAAUCCAGUAAUUGCUAACCAAAUUAAAACAACCAAAGGUCAUGGGAAUAUACAACUGAAUGGCUCAAAUGACCCUGGUACAGAACUUCUAGAUCAUUACGGAGUCGGCUUCCACAUUCCUGGUUACCAGUUUAAUGUGAAAUGGUAUGGUUUCAUAUGGAUAAGAGACAAGUAUAAAACAAUCACACGACAAGUUGAACUUAAAUUUGACCCCACUGUAACUUAUAACAACUUUAUUGUCAAUCUAGAAAAGGUCAUGACUCCUAUUACUACAACUUGGAGUAUUCAAGUGUUUCUGAAUGGAGAAACCAUUGUCCAGUUUAACGGAAUACAGUUUAAGGACUUUGGUGUCUCUGGACUUUAUACCUGGAAUAAAGAUAAUUAUUUUCCUCCGAUAGAAAACAUAAUGGAUCCUUUCAUUGGAGAAGCUGUUAUAACAAGUCUGAAAAUACCAUUGCCUAAAGUUGAUAGUAUGAAAUGUGUAUAUGGAGCAGCAUUUUAUGAUGGAGAAAGUCAAAUAAAGGAAUUGUGGGUAGGAAUAUCAGAUUCUACAAACAACACAGAUUCCAUUGCCCCAAUGACUUUGUAUAGUACAUUUUGUAUUCAGUGUCAAUCUGGUUGUAACAUCGGAUGUGAAAAGUCAUGUGCAGAAAAACGUACAGAAGAUUUUGAGAUAAUCAAUAUUGUUGUUAGAAACCUGUCACUUACACCUGCUACAGUGGAGAAGUCAAACUACAGUUCUGUAGACGACAAUCAAUUCAAUGCCACCACAUAUUAUUACAAUGUCAAGGCAGUUAAUUUUGCUGGACAAGAAACUCUGAUUCAUUCAAAGGGAAUUAUGGUGGAUACAACUCCUCCAGACUUGCAGUAUGUGAGAUGUGUGGAUCCUUCUAACUCUAUGGAAGAACCAACUACAUACCAGGGUACUAACAGUAGUAUGGGAGCUUACUGGGAAUGUAGUGAAGAUGUGGGAGACAUUGUGGAUUAUAUCAUACAAAUUGGAACAGAAACAGGUAAAUCUGACAUCAAGCCACCUGUUUCUGUUGGAUUCAGUAAGAAAAUCAAGAUAGAUGGACUGAGGGGUAAACUCCUGCAUGACCAUAUCUAUUUUCUCACUGUGACAGCUGUUAACUCAGCAGGCCUGACGUCCCAGGAUUCCUGUAAUGUUACCGUGGAGAUCAUACCACCAGAUGUUAGUAAUGUCACCCUGUCAUACAUGUACAGUGAUGAUGUUGUAGAUGAUACCAUAUUUACAGCAGAAGAACAUGAUAUUGGAUUAAAAUGGGAUGGAGGGAGAGAUGAUGUUGCAUUUUAUGAAUGGGAGAUAGGAUCUGAGCCAGGUACAGAUGAUGUCUUCCCCAGAAUUAUGGUUGGUAUCACAGAAUCAAAGAAAGCCUACAUCAGAGAUGGAAAACUUUGGAUUGAUGAGACUCCACUCAAUGCGUCAGUCGGAGAAUUUGCUAACACAACCUGGAAUAAUGAGACAAUGAAGGCUGCUAAAAUGAACACCUUCUUCAAUCUGGAGCCUGGUAAAUGUGUCUAUGUGACAUUGUAUGCUGUAGGAAGAUCUCAUCUGUCAUCGACUGUUUACUCUAGCCCAUUAUGUAUUAAACGCACAGGAGAUUCUCAUCUGGAACUAGGAUCUCCAGACAAAAGAAAACGUAAAAGUAGCAAGCUUCAUGGAGAAAUAAAAUUACAAGAUACUACAAGCAGAGUAUCUGCUGAUAUUAUUAUCAAAGGUUUAAAUGUGACCAUCUCGGCGGGAAUAUUAAAUAAGACAGAUGUGACAGCUGACUAUGGAACUGCAGCCUCUGCUAAAUAUACUAGAUAUCUUAUAGAUCCUCAUACUAGACAGAAUGAUACAUCUAGAUUUCUUAGAAAUAGACUGAAGCAGUAUGCUGGAUUGAUGUUUUACUUAUCACCAUCAAGUUCAGUAGAAAGCUUGACAGAAAUCAGUAUCAGUGUAACGUUUGACAGCAGUUUAUUUGAUACAAACACAGAAGUUCCUGUCCUGGUUUAUUGGGAUAAUUUUGACGAAUUAUGGAAGCACCCUACUGACACAUGUAAUGAUGUAGAAGAUAACACAGACUUUGUCAACAAAAUGUUCACUACACAGGCAUGUAAAGAAGUAUUCUCAAAGACAACAACUGGACCUUCAACAAGAAAGAAAAGAUCGGUACCCAGCAGUAUACCAUUACCUAGAAUGUGGUCAUUAAUGGUGAUGUCGAGGAGAGCACCAAACACACCACCUCACAUCACUACAUCAGAACUAUUUGUUAGUGAAGACAUGGAUGACAUCCAGGACAAGAAUGGACAGAGAGUAAUACAGUAUGAAGACAAUGAAUCAGAUGAUGUUGAAUUCACAAUUCUUCAGCCACCAUUCCAUGGACAUGCCAACAUGACACCGGAUGGGACACUUUAUUAUCUUCCAGAUAGUAAUUAUAAUGGAGUAGACUUUAUCAUUGUAAAAGUAGUAGAAACAGGACUAGUGCCACCAUUCCAUCCGCUAUCUGCUACCAGAAAUAUAACAAUUAACAUUGCUCCUAUAAAUGAUGCUCCAGUGCUUAUGCCGUUUGAAUCAGAUUUAAAAUUUGAAGAAGUAGAAAUUCCUGGCAAGGGUUUGAAAUCAGUUCAAAUUUUAUUGGAUGGAAAUGUUACAAAGAAGUAUGAAUUGGGACAUGUGACUUUCUUGGACGUUGAUUUUGUCGAUCCUUCAAUUAAUGAAAUAAACUACACAAUGAGAAUAAACAAUACUAUACUCACCAAUUUUUCCUUUGAACCAGUCCAGUUUCAUGGCUUACUUAAAAAGAAAUUAAAGCUGAGUUUUUCAGUUGACAAAACAUUUUGUGGAAGAACAGUUUUUACAGCCAGAGGUUAUGAUCAAGCCAGAUACACAACCAAAAAUAUAGAGGUCAAUGUUUACAUCUUAAUUGCACCGUGUGUCCAUGGCAACUGCCAUAAUAAAACAUCGACUGAAUGUAAUGACAUUGAACGAGCUUCCAGUUUUGAGAAAUAUUCUUGUAGAUGUAACCGUGGAUAUACUGAUGAGUGGUGUCAGACAGAUAUUAACGAGUGUGAUCCUAAUCCCUGUUCUGUGUUCUAUGAUUGUGAGGAUUUGAUUGGGUACCAGAAAUGUAACUUGAAUGUUGUCAAGACGAUCUUGUUGACUCUUGCAGUUUUACUGACUCUGGUUAUGUGUUUCAUGUUAAUCAGACGAUACUACAAGAAGAAAAGACCCAACAAAAUAGAUCCUGGAUCAAAUACAUGGAGUUUUGGAAGUGAGGUCCUUGGUCAGAAGAAAGGAAGAUUUAUUAGACCAUCAUCAGCAUGUUCAACUGAAGACCUUAUCCCCUCACCUAUUGUUAAAGAUAUUAAUGUGGGUAUUGGUAGAGAACUUAUUCCCCCAUGUACAGGUGAAAAUAGUAAUGUUGGCAUUGGUAGGGAUCAUAUUCCCCCAUGUACAGUUAGAGAAAUUAAUGUUGGCAUUGGUGAAUCAUUUGAUGAGAAAGCAGGCAUCAACACAAAAAACAGCCCUGAUACUGCAGACAGAAUUUUGUUGAUGCCUGAGAAAACCAUAGACAGAUUUACCAAAACACUGGAACCUAUUUCUGUAUUGACUUCAACAAUUGGUCAAAAGUCACCACACCACAAGCCGUUAAUAAUGAAGAAUGGUGAAAAAGAUAGGGACACACAACCAAACUAUGGAUUUUCCAGAUAUCUUGUUGACAGCAGUCGUAAGAAAUAUGGGCAAUUGGAUAUGCUUCCACCUCUUAAAGCUCCUUCAAAUAUGCAAACCAAGAGUGACCAAGCUACAGAAAUCAGUUUCAUGAAGGGAGACAAGGAACCGUCAGAUGGUAUCUAAUCGCUGAAAACUGACAUAAAGCUAAAAAAAUAUUCAAAUAGGAAAGAUACAGAAACUUGUAAUGUUUGUCCCAUUUAUUAUUUUCAUAAAGAAAUAAAGUAGAUUUAGAUGCAUUA